AUGGCAGCUUCAUUGGAAGACGAAUUUGAGGAUGCGCCUGAUGUGGAGCCGUUAGAACCAACUCUAAAAAAUAUUAUCGAGCAGAAAUCUUUGAAAUGGAUAUUUGUAGGUGGAAAGGGUGGUGUUGGUAAAACGACAUGUAGCUGUAGUUUGGCUGUCCAGCUGGCUGCGGUCAGGGAGAGCGUCCUCAUCAUCUCCACGGAUCCUGCGCACAACAUCUCGGAUGCUUUUGACCAGAAGUUCUCAAAGGUGCCUACCAAGGUCAAGGGCUAUGACAACCUCUUUGCAAUGGAGAUUGACCCAAGCCUGGGUGUGGCAGAGCUGCCCGAUGAGUUCUUCGAGGAGGACAACAUGCUCAGCAUGGGCAAGAAGAUGAUGCAGGAGGCCAUGAGUGCCUUUCCUGGCAUCGAUGAGGCCAUGAGCUACGCAGAGGUCAUGAGGUUAGUGAAAGGAAUGAACUUCUCAGUGGUGGUCUUUGACACUGCCCCCACUGGCCACACACUGCGGCUGCUUAACUUCCCCACCAUUGUGGAGCGUGGACUGGGCCGCCUCAUGCAGAUUAAGAACCAGAUCAGCCCUUUCAUCUCCCAGAUGUGUAACAUGCUUGGUCUGGGUGACAUGAACGCAGACCAGCUUGCCUCUAAGCUCGAAGAGACCCUGCCGGUCAUCCGCUCAGUCAGUGAGCAGUUCAAAGACCCUGAGCAGACCACCUUCAUCUGUGUGUGUAUCGCUGAGUUCCUCUCCCUUUAUGAGACAGAGCGGCUGAUCCAGGAGCUUGCCAAGUGCCGCAUCGACACGCACAACAUCAUCGUCAACCAACUUGUUUUCCCUGACGCAGAGAGGCCGUGUAAAAUGUGUGAAGCCCGCCAUAAAAUUCAGUCCAAGUAUUUAGACCAGAUGGAGGACCUUUAUGAAGAUUUCCACAUAGUCAAGUUACCGCUGCUGCCUCAUGAAGUUCGAGGUGCUGACAAGGUCAACACGUUCUCUAAGCAACUUCUGGAACCCUACAAACCCCCAAACAAGUGAUCUCCCUCCCUGCAGGACUUCCCCCCCCCGCCCUCGUACAGACCACACCUCUAUCUACAGUCUGAACUCACCUCUUCUGAGCCCCCCCCCCCUCCCGCAACCAGCCUCAGACCCCACAGUUACAGCCUCAAGACGAUCCACUCAGUCCUCAGCCCGUCAUCCAAAGCAGAGCACUUCUACGGCAAGACACACGCUCUUAAUGAAGGGGAGCUGAUGAAAUCACAAACGCGCACACACACACACCAAUCUGCCACAAGAGAAACAGUUUUCAUGCUGUGGCUGAAUGGUUUGUGUGUAUGUACAUAUAUAUAUGCGUGUGUGUGUGUGUGUGUGUGUUUGUGUGUGCGCACACACAUAGAUGCGCACACACACACACACACAAACCAUUCAUCGACAACAUUAAAACCUUUAAUUGAGUUUAAUGUUUAAUGUCUGUGUGCUGUUCCUACUUAAAGCAUUUAACCCCACCAGUGUCCAGCCUGAGUUGUGAAAAACAAAUGUUUCCAGUGACGAUGCUGUGUAUUCCAUAUUUCAGAUGGUUGAAGUUAUGCCCUGUUUAUUCUGUGUGGUUUGGUGGCUGUGUCUGUUCUCCAGUUUGACUUUUGACUAAAAUUUCAUUUCUCACACAUUGGGGAAUUUCCAUCCAAAUUUCUACAGAUUCAGGGUGUGACGGCAGGGCAGUGAAAAAAGACACUUUUAAAAAAAAUCAAAAAAGAAUAUGGUCUGUGGUCUUGAGUAAUUUUCAUUCUAGACCAAGACCCCCCCCUGUUGUUAGAAUAAAGAAAACCGAAGCAGUCUAAAGUGUGUCUUACCAUUUGUCAAAUCCUUAGACCUCAUCUCUCCAAGUGAUUAUGGUGUAAAUGCAGUUACCUAAUGUCCAUGAGAUUUUGAAUCAAGUCAGACUGGGAUCUUUAUAUCCUCUAUGACAGUGGUUCUCAAACUGGGUGGCGGGCCCCCCUGGGGAGGGCAUAGAGCCUCUGCAAGGGUGGCCUGGAUGACCAGGGGCAAAAUAUGGAGUGAAACUAAUUUGAAUGAAUAUGAUUAAUGUAGGGAAAAUUAAACAAAAAGAGUUUGCAGAUGCUAUCAUGCUAGUCUUUAUUUCACUGGGGGGGGGGGCACGCCAGAGGAAGUCUGAGAACCACCGCUCUGUGGCUAUGUUAUUGUUUGAAUUGGAAAAGUCUUAAUGGCCUCUUAAAUAUUUUAGGCCACUGUGGUUGCUUCAGGUGGUACGUGCAUGGAGACAGCAACAGUUUUGAGAUUUUAAGGCAAAAUAUGUAAUGAGACUCUUCAUGUUUGAGUGGCUGGAAGCAAAACAAGUUUAUUAUUGACACUGCUGAACCCCCCCCCCCCCAGUACAAGUUCCCAUACAGUGCUCAUUAAACUCAACCAAUGCUCUUCUCUGUCCAACAUUUUGUGUCCAUCCUGUUUCCUGAGAACUAUAUGGGAACACUAUUGAGAGACAUUAGUAGCCUUAUUUAGUGCAUUGUUACUGACAAAAUAUAUUGAAUGUUGCUUGAUCCAAUGUUGAACCAAUGAAUGGUGAGUAAAGCAUCCUUGUCCUGGUCAUUAAAGACUGGACUCUGAUUGGCUGACCUGAUGCCUGCUUUCCUACGUUUCCCAGCAGAAAGAAAUAGUAGACCGGUUAACACAUCACCAAGCAAAAGCAUAAUUUCUCCUCUCUGUUACUUAAGGCUUUUGAGUCCACGAGAAGCAGUUUCAGUACAUUUUCUUUAAAUCAUGUUGCAAGUGUCAAUUAAAACAAACUUGCCUCAGCUCA